UCUCAUAGCUUCGCGCAUUGGUUUUAAGCGCGAUUGGACGCGUUUAAUCGACCAAUCCAUGCUCAACACUCCUGAUACCAAUAAUCUAUGAUCGAAUCGCGCGUACCACACUAUUCAUAAGACGAUCAUGGUGCUCUUCAAGCGAAAACCCGUCCAAUACCUCCCGCGGCCGGUCAUUGAGGAUGACAGCUCCGAAGUCUGGGUAAUUCCAGAAACCAACGAGGUCUUUACCGACUACGAACCGUAUCUCCAGCGCAUGGACUUUUACAAACAACGCCGGUUUAUUUGUGAGAUCACUGGUCAUUCGGGGUUGACAUUUUUUGAAGCGCUCAGAAGCGAAAUGGAUGAGUCGCGCGAGGUCAAUAGUGCUUUCCCGGAAGCGCUGAAGGAACCCAUUUUACGCCGGAUACAGUUUUCGACAGUGUCUAGGGUGGAUAAUCUGGUGGAUGAGAUUUAUGAGGAAUUCAAACAGGACUUUUAUCCCGGUGAACCCGUCUUAAUCCUGCUUACGGACAACACGCGACUCCAUGGUAUUAUUAGAGACAAGGCCAACUUUGCGGAACAGCUGAACCCCGACGGAACCGUGAAAACUCCCGCUUAUGCCCGGUAUCUGGUCAAGGUCUCCGACAGUGGUAAUGAAGAGGCCCUGCUAGACCAAGAGCACAUUACACGUGAUCGGAAGACGUUUACCAAGCAGAUGCUACGCGCUUUUAUCAAGAACAACGUUACGAGGGAGUCUUGGAGCGGUGCCCCCUGGUUGGUCAAACAAUCCAUUGCGGAUGACUACAGAAUCCCAACGGAGGUGCCGAAGCAUCUGCAAUAUGGCGCCAAGGUUGCCGAAAAGAAGGCCAUGAAAAAAGCAGACCAGGACGGAUUCUUCGGCUUCUUCGCAUCGCAGCAACUACCAGAACUGAAACCCGCAGUCAAAGGACCAAAAGCCAAACCCUCCCCACAGGAGCUGGCUCGAUCGAGAGAGGCACAAUUCCUCGAAUAUCAGCGUUCGCUGAAUGGAAACCCAACCUUUGUCGUCAACAAUGGCGGUGGCAAUGGUGUUACUUCUACCGUCGGCACGCCAAUCAUUAACACCAAUGCUCCAACCACACCUACUCCUGCUGCUUCUACGCCAACUCGGCCUCCAAAGUCCCAAGAAUCUGACAAAAAGGCCCAAAAUUCCGUCCCUGUUAUCAAAAAUGAAACCCCUAAGCAACCUUCUCCGCCGCCGAUCAAAUAUCCAAUCGAAGAUCUGGACAUUGCACCUGUCCGCGAAAACAAGAAACAGCGUCCAGCACUCGAUUUCCUGGCCGCUAAUGAGACCGAUGAUGCGGAUGACGAAGACAUUUUACACGAUGGUAUCCGGUCAGAUUCAGUGGGCUUAUUACUAGAGACCUGGAACACUCUCAACGUGUAUUGCGAAGUGUUUCAGUUGGACUCGUUUACAUUCGAUGAUUUUCUCCAGGCCAUGCGGUUUUCUUCAGAGGAUGUGGAUUGCCAACUAUUCGUGGAGAUGCAUUGCGCUGUUCUAAAGAAACUGGUCAACUCCGAGAACGACCAGAAUGGGGCAGUCCAGAUCUCCCUGCCGGAUCUGCCUGUAGAGGAGUCUGACGAGUCCGACGAGGAGGAAAACGAAGAGGAAGAGAGUCCUGAGCCGGAGCCGGUCGUGACGCGCAUGACUACACGAAGCAGCUUGGCCAAGGUAGAGGCGGAUAAUCUGAAGGAGCAAGUAGACAGCAGCCGUUCCAGCUCCGAAGAAGCCCAGAUUCACCGUGCAGCCGAAAUGUUGAAGGACUAUGGUUGGAUUGAUCGCCUACGCAAGCGGGAUUUCCGUAACGGUGGAUGGGAGAUGGUGAUGAUUGGCCUUUUGCACCAGUUGUCAUCCCGUCCUCGGGUGGAAAAAGUUUGCAACGAUAUCCUCAAGCACCUGGCCCCGCUUGAUGCAGAGCCAACGCAGGAAACCGCGCAACGCCAAUAUGCAACCCUUGAUAUUAAUCUUCGCGUGCGGGCUCUUGAGACCAUCUGCAUGCUCAGUCUGGAGACCAAAGCUAUCCGAAACUAUCUUGAGGAGUGCAGUAACCAGAUGACAGAGUUCCGUAAGGAGAAGAUUGAAUAUCAACGGGCCCGGAAAACUGCACUGGAAGAGCUCCGUCGGUUGCAUCAGGAGCGAAAGACCCUCCAACCAGAGCCGGAGAAGUCACCGUCGCCUGGGGACUCAGAGGCUAUGGACACUGACGACGAAGAUGCUGCCAAGAAAGGGCCAUCUCUUCGUGGAGGCACCGACAGAGCCAAUGAACGAAAACGCAGGCAGGAAGUGGAGCGCGAGAGGAAGGAACAACUGGCCAAACAGCCUAAGGGAUCCAAGCAAUACCAAAAGGUGCUCAAGAAGAUUGACGAGCUAAAGGUCACAAUCGAAAAGCUUGAAAAGAAGAUUGAAGUGGUCGACAAUGACCUAAGAGAAGCCGAUUGCCCGCGCACCCGAUGUCUCGGAAAGGAUCGAUUCUGUAACCGGUAUUGGUGGUUCGAACGGAAUGCAAUGCCUUAUGGUGGUAUGCCCGACAGUUCUACGGCCGAAGCUCAAUACGCCAACGGUCGACUCUGGGUUCAAGGCCCUGAUGAGAUGGAGCGGGCUGGAUUCAUCGACGUGCCUGAGGACAUCAAGAGACAGUACCAGAAGGAGUUCCAGAUGACGCCCGCCGAGCGCAAGACGGCCGAAGAAGGGGACACCAGCGUCUCGAAUGCCUGCGAAUGGGGUUACUACGACGAUCCAGAAUCCGUUGACAAACUGAUCGACUGGCUGGACUUGCGCGGUAAUCGGGAGCUGAAGCUACGGAAGGAGCUCGUCACACAACGCCAUAUCAUCAUCAAGUACAUGCAGCACCGCCACGAGUAUCUGGGGCAAACUGCUGAACGUGCGGAAUCGGAGGAUACGGCCAUCAAACGGGUAUCGACACGGAAAAGGACUUACGUUGGCGACCGCAAGCACCGCUGCUUAGCCUGGCAGAACACGACUGCUCUGUCGGAAAAUGGACACCUCCAUGCCGAUGUUGCUCGGCCGACCAAGCGAGCCAAACGAGCCACGGAUGACCCCAAGGAGCUCAAGGCGACCAGUCGACAAGGCAAACCACUGACGCGACAAGGCACACGGUACAACUUUUGAACAUCUUGAUUCCCUUUUACUUUUGGGUUGUGCUAUUUUCUUCUUGAAUGCAUAAGGCGUUGGGUUUGACCCUUUUUGAGACAGGGCUAACAGCAAAGUUGUGCGUAAUCGUUUUGGGGCGACCACAAAAGUGCUUUCACCCUUUUCUGCGCAUGAGAGACGAGACCAUGAUACUAAUUCUCUUCUAUUCUUGUCUUGUUUUUGUUUGGAGAUUUUAUUUUGUCUA